AUGCCAGUCCUGCCCGUAAUACCCCUGGACUGCCUGCCCAUGGUACCCCUGGACUGCCUGCCCAUAACACCCCUGGACUGCCUGCCCAUAACACCCCUGGACUGCCUGCCCAUGGUACCCCUGGACUGCCUGCCCAUGGUACCCCUGGACUGCCUGCCCAUGGUACCCCUGGACUACCCGCCUAUAAUACCCAUGGACUGCCCGCCUAUGGUACCCAUGGACUGCCUGCCCAUAGUAUCCCUGGAGUACGUGGAGCUGAAUCUAGAGGCUCUGAGCUCACACGCGCAGACCCCGCCCGCCGUUUCCGCCUGGCCCGCAGUUUCCGCCGCGUUUUCCGGCGAGUGGGCGGGGUACUCCGUCGACUUCUCGCGCUUCGGCCAGCCCUUGGAGUUACCGCAAUCCGUCGUUCCCGAGGCGUUCCGCGACUGGGGGUUGGUUCAAUACGCGUGGCAAUCUCAGACCUCCAGCGUCGCUCGCGGGGAGACCCUUGGAAACGCUAAGAUUCUUUCUUCGUUCGUGCGGUACGCGCCUGCUGCGGGGUGUGAGGCGGCGUCUCCGCCUAAAUACAGCGUAGAGAGGACGGUUUUGGAGUUAUCUGCUGCUCCUGCUGCAGCUGCUGCUGCUGCUGCCGGCGAGUUGUUUGCAUUCACGGAAGAUGGCUCUUAUCUGCUCGUCCGAGCUGGCCAGUCCUCCACCAUGCCCGCGCCUGCCAGCGUGGACGCCAUGCGGGCCACCCAGUGGGUGCCACGUGGCAUUGACUCCACAGCCCGUGACUCUAACGAGCGUGAUUCAGACGGGGGGAUUCGCAGCAUGGCAGCAGGCCCGUUUCAGGUGGAGCAUUGCUUGGCCUUGGAGGGGGUGGAGGCUGCAAGUGGUAAGGGAAGAGUGAGAGUGCGCGUUGUGCAGGAAUUCGCACCACAGACUGCAGCAGCAGGAGGAAGAGGAGGAAACAGAGGAGGAGGAGCGUUGGCCGUGCCUCGGCUUGCCAGCCUGGCAAUGCACAGGGAGAAGUGGGUGGAGCCGUUUUCGGGCGGCGCUGAGCUGGCGGAUGGAGCAGCACUGUUCAGUUCGGAGAUGAUUGAGGAGGGGGAAGGGAGUGAGGCACCAGCCAUCUCAUCAUCACUUGUUGCUCUGGAGUUGACUGAACCAAUCCAAACGGAGUGCUCAAGGCAGAUGGAAACCUCUGCUUUGGAGGAUGGGACGCUCAUGCUGCUGCCAGAGGGAGUUUGGAGUCAUGUGCAUAAGGUGGAUGAAUUGUCGGGAGAAAGCUUGUUUCAUGUAGAGGUUGGGUGGCUGUUUUCUUCCAACCAGGCGAUCGUCUCACGGGCUAACUUCGACCAAUCAGGGAAUGUGAAGGUGCGUUGA